AUGGUGCUGCAAAACAAGUACAAAGCCAAAGCCUCGAGGCGAUACAACAACAACGCCAAAGCCUCCGAAAACGAUGCCGAGCCGGGCUCAUCAAAGCCUGGCUAUCGCCAACGAUUCGCCAACAGACCUCGACAGUCUCUGUCAGCAAAUGGCCGCGGUGGUGGUCUGACUGAAGCGCAUAGCAAAACAGAGGACGACGAUGACGAGGACAAGGACGAGGACAGUGAAGGGGGCUCCUCCGUCACCGGCAGUGACCAAGAAGAUGGAGAUGUCGAAUUUCCCAGUCUCGCAAAGGCCGCAACCCUGUCCGACAAAUCACAACCGACCGAAUUGGCCGAUGAUCCGUCAAAUCCGUCGAAAGGCAAAUAUGCGCGUCGAAAGCUAGGCGAAAGCAAGAUGGCAAGAUUGGAAAGAGUCGAAGCAGCAAAGGAUCCCAGAAUACAAGACGAUGAAGAGCCGGAACCCGAAGUCGACAUUUCCAGACUGGUUGCUCGUGUAGCUGCGCUGGGUGACUCUGCCGGUACACAAGCUGGCGUUUCUGAAGAGAUUGCUCGGAGCCGUGGUCAGCACGAGUCCGUUUCCGACGUCGAGAACGACAUUGAUCACAGCUUGGCCUACUUGCACGACAAGGAGCGGCAGCGCCAGAAAGCCAAAGGUCGAGGUGGAGGUGUGCAUGCAAUUACGGUUGAGAAUAGCAAGACGGCGUUCGAAGCACUCAGCGUCGACGCGAAUGGCAAUGAGAUCGAUCUGGAGGCGUUGCAAAAGGAGAAAGAGAAAGCAGACGCGGCACGUGCUCUCAAAGCACGUUUCCAAGGUCACGGCAUAGGCGAGCGUCAACGUUCCGAUGGCAGAUCACGUACUGUUCCUUCCAUUCAGAUCGGUCCCCACAUCGCGACCUCGUCAACUAGCGACAAUAGCUCCAGAACCUCCAAUGAAGCGUCACUCUUGGACGGCCUCACAGCCGACACCGAAUCCACGCUCGCUAAAGAGCGCAAAGGUAACAUCAAUGGCGAAACCGCAUCCGUUCACGCGAGUCGUUUGAGUUUCAGCACCACCUUCGGACGUCGCAAACCGCCUCUUGCCGGCAUCGUUCAGGCAGAGCAACUCGAACGGCCAAUGCUCGACAGCGCUGGUCGGUCAAAUUCAUCAGCGCAUCGCUUUGAACGCAUCGAUAGCUUUCUUGCCAGCCUCAAUGACCGCAGUAUCGCCGGUCAAGAUCCAUCGGUGUUUUCACUCAGUUCCAAUGGGUCCAAUGGCAACAAUCAGACGCGCCAGUCCCAACCAUUCAGCUCCGUUCGCUCGGGUCAUACGGUGGCUCCGCAACGUCCCUACCAUCAGACACGGAUCCAUUCUACUCCAGGGGAACUGGGAAGGCUCGAGAGCUUCUUGGACGAUAUGCUCGGCUAA